AUGACUUCAUUGGCAUUAAAAGGCCCAUCGGUAUCCAAACUCCUGUGUAAAAACGGAGCAGUUAGCAUCAUUUAUAUCAAAUCGUCAUCAUACAGUUCUGAGGCUAAAACUAACCUUGCUGCUAUUAAGAGAGGUACUGGUGGCCGAAGUAGCUUCAACGGUGUUGUAGCCACCGUGUUUGGUUGCACCGGGUUUGUGGGUCGCUAUGUUUGUAACAAACUAGGCAAGAUUGGCACUCAAAUGAUUUUGCCAUACAGGGGUGAUUUUUAUGAUGCAGCUAGAUUAAAAGUUUGUGGAGACCUUGGUCAGGUUCUUUUUACACCUUUUGAUAUUCGUGAUGAUGAAUCUAUUGCCAGAGCUGUACAAUAUUCCAAUGUGGUUAUCAAUCUUGUUGGUAGGGACUAUGAAACUAAGAACUUCAAAUACAAUGAUGUGCAUGUUGAAGGUGCCAGGCGUAUUGCAAGAAUCAGCCGUGAAAUGGGUGUAGAAAGGUUUAUUCACCUUUCAUACCUAAAUGCUGAACGUAACCCUAAGCCUCUUGUUAUGAAAAGUCCAUCAUUAUUCAAGAUCAGUAAGUUUAUGGGUGAAUGUGCUGUGAAGGAAGAGUUUCCAACUGCAACUGUAAUUCGUGCUUCUGAUAUCUAUGGCUCGGAGGACAGGUUCCUAAAGAGUAUUGCAUCUGUUUGGAGACGUCACUCCCAAUUAUUGCCACUAUACAAGAAUGGUGAGGCUACUGUAAAACAGCCUGUUUUUGUGUCUGAUGUAGCCCAGGCAAUUGUCAAUGCUGCUCGUGAUCCUGAUACUAGAUGCAAGGUCUACCAAGGUGUUGGGCCAAAGAGAUAUCUUUGGAAAGAUCUUGUGGUCUGGUUCUUCCAGUUGAUGCGUAAAGAUGAAAGCUGGGGAUUUAAGCAUUAUGACAUGAAAUAUGACCCAAUCCUUUUCCCACUAAAAGUAAUGGUAGCCAAUAAGUUAUCACCUGCAUAUCCAUUUGGUGGUCUGCAUUGGGAAGGUCUUGAAAAGGAAUGCACAACAGAUGUUGUGGACAUGAAUUUACCAACAUUAGAAGACCUUGGUGUUACUCUUACGCACAUGGAAGAUCAAGUACCAUGGGAACUGAAGCCAUACAGGGCCCACCAGUACUACAUUGACCAAAUUGGAGAGUUCCCUACUCCACCACCACCACCUGUGUACACAGCUUAA